AUAUAAUAUCAACAUUCUUUAUAUAUUUUUUAAUUAUUUCCAAGCGUUUCAAAUCAUCUUCACGCGUUUCUCCCACAGUUUUUCCAUUGGGUAAAAUUUUAUUCAAAUCAUCUCCAAAACAUUUUUGGCAUGCGUGCCAAACACAUCCAUUUAUUUCAAUUGCCCUAUCUUCUGCUUCUAUGUACCCAUCAACCUUGUAUUUUUCAGCUACCACAUGUUCACCUCCUUCGGAAUGGGCACUUUGAAUUUGCACUCCUUUUGUCUCCUCGUACCAUUGCAAAUAUUUCAGGGCUAGUUCACUUUGGUUAUCACAAUUUUCAUAACCUUUUUCGGGUACAAUUGCCAAAUGAUCAGGUUUCAAAUGGUUUACCCGAAAAUGUCUCAUACAGGCCGACGCAAUAGUCAUUGCAUCACGUAAAAUAUCUAUUCCCUCUGCCUUUGUACCAGGAGCAGUAUUUUUCUGCUUGCUUAAUUCUGCGAAUUUAUUUUUGAAGGCAAUUAACGCUUCUGUGAGUAUUUGUACGUCAUUCGUACAAUAUUCAGCCAAGGCUUCAUCCAAACAAAAUUGCUGAUUUUUUUCUUUCUCAUACCAUUGAUCAAAUUCGUUUUGCUUUUCAGGUGACAUUCCUCCAUACAAAUAAUCAUCUUUUGGAGGUAGUUUUUGCAGGAUUCUUCCAUAAUUUUCGCGGAUAUUUGCCAGAUGAGGGAAAAAUUGUUUUUCAGUAACAAGAAGUCCAAAUGCGCCAACUAACUUC